AAUGCAAAGUAUCAUUUUCAAAAAAGCAGUCGUAUAUUUAAUAAUGUGUUAUUCGUGUAUCGGAACGUAUUUAUAAAUAAGCCAAUAGAAUGCGUUUCCCUUUCCAAAGCGUACCAGUACGGCAGCGCCUCUAGCGAUCUAAAUGGAAACUAUAGCAAAUAAUCUCCAUCUUGUAUGACAGAUUUGUGUUUGUUAUUACUUUUUCGUUUCUACUACCAAAAUGAAGAUAAAUAAAUCUUAAAAGUAUUUAUAACAUGAAUUGAUACAACAAGGAAUGUUGAAAACAUUUAGUGUGGUGAAUGUUUCAUUUGUGUAUUGUAAAUUUAUGUAAUUCAAGCUGUGACGAAGUGUCCUGUCUCAGUGAUUGGUAUAUAGUUACUUAUUUUUGUGAUAAGCGGAGCGCGGGGGACUCGCGGGCGACUUUUGUCAUCAGGAAGUAUUUCUGACUCCUCGGGUGACACACGUAAUAUUGGACCAUAAACCAAGCACUGCCGCAUCGAGAUGGCCGCGGCGUGAGGGCCGUGCUCGCGUAGAUGCGAUGCUUGAGAGACUGCGUGCACAUUCGCCACCUAAACCAGUGAACCAUAACUACAUAGAACUAACAGUGCAGAAGGCUAUAAAUCUAUUGGAUAAACUUUAUGAUACAUUCUUCACUCAACGUAAAGCACACAUCAACUACUUCAGUAAACAUUUUAUCAAGAUUGAAUUUUUGGACAAUUUGUACAGACCUGUAUACAAGGAAUUCGAUGAGUGGCCUCAAAUCUCAUUAGAACCAGAUCCUGUAAAGGAAAAGAAAAAGUUGCCUGAAAAUAUUGUCGAAAUUCCCACCAACAACAAUAUUGGUUCAAAGAUGACAAGAAAAAGCAGACCUCGUAUUAAGGAAAGAGAAAUAAAAGAAGAAAAGGGUGGCUAUUGUGAAAUGUGUAAUGUAGACUAUGCUGAUGCUACACUACAUAGAAGAUCUCCACAUCACUUGGCAUUUGUGAGAGAUCAUGCUAACUUCUUAUCUUUAGACUCACUUAUUACAUCAGGAGCUGAUGUCAAUACUUUUCUAGACAAAGCAACACCAGUAAAUGGUGAAAGAAGAUCUCUGAGAAAAUUAUGUAAUGGUGAUUCAGAACCAAAGAAUAGGCGUUCAAAAAGGUCACAGUCACCAGAACCAGUCAAUGGUAAUGUAAGCCCAAAACGUAAUGGUGGAAUUGAGGAAGAAAAGAAACGUAACACAAGAUGUAGUAAGAAAGCUAGUGAAUCCACACAAUCUGAAGAUCGUCAGUACUAUAAAGUUGUUGGAGUAAGCACUAAGUUAAGAUCAAGUGGAGGUUUUACAAAGAAAAAAGAACUACCACCCUGCAAUGGAACAAAGCCAUUGGUGGUAAAAAUUAGAAAAGUGCGCCGGUCUGAAUUGUCUGUACUAAGUGACGAAGCUGAACAGUUUAUGUUUCCUAAAAGAGCCAGUUCAAGUAGUUCAACAUCAUCGGAUGAAGAACCUGUUGUUCCAGUAAAGACUAGGAAAAAGACCUCGCCCCAACAACCACCGCCUGAGAGGCAGAGAUUAGCAAGACCUGUGGCUUUAAAGGAAGAAUCUUCAGAGGAAGAUAUAUGGCUUGAGGAUAAUAGAAAAAAACGACGUGUGCCUCCAGUUGUCAAACGAGGGAGACGGAAAUAUGUGCGACAGCCACCUAGUAAACCACCAGAACCACAGGAACCAGAUCCACCACCAAUUAAAAUAGAAACUCCAGUAGAACCAGAACCACCUCCACAACCUGAGCCGAAUGUUGAGCCAGAAGUAAGUCCUUUACGAGAGGAACCAGUACAGAGGUGUAUGAAAUGGGAAGAUGGAAGAUUAAAAUAUACCCCAGCAGUGGAACAACUGGAGUUUGCUUUUGAAUCUGUACCCCACAGUGAGCCAUGGUUUAGUACAUUUAAGCGGCAAGAUCAAGACAAGGUUGUUGCUAAGAAUGUUCCUCAGUUUUUUGCUCUUUAUUCAAAAUCGCCAAAGUUACCCUAUGAAAUUGGUCAGUUACCACCACUUAAACCAAAUUGCUGUCCCUUGAGUGACUUGGUAAAAAGAGAAGGAAAAGAAAAACCGGGACCCUCGCGUGCUUAUGGGACUAGAGGUAUGAAGAAGCAAAGAAUGAGGAAACGAACUGCAGCUAUAUUGGCUAUGGAGAACCAUCCACGGAAAUCACCUAGAGAACAUGCUUCAACGUUAGCAAUUUUAGGCUCUGCUGGCUUGUUACAACGCCGCAAACAUGUAGAUGAUGCCAAAUCUACAGCUUCUGAAGAAACAUUAAGUGAAACACUCUCUAAACCUGAACCAGUUCUUACAGAAACACAAGAAACUUCUGAAAGACUGCAACAAUUUUUAUCUGAGGUUUUUGAAGAUGAAUCUGACUAUGAUGUCUCUGAAGAUGUAAUGGAGAAUGACAUUUCUGUGAUUACAUCAAAAGAAAUUCCAGACUUCUCUAGUUUAGUAUCUGAAUGUGAAAAAUGUGAUCUUAUUAGUAAUGAAAUAAAACAAGAUACAGUUAAAACCAGAGAAAGACGAGGCAAAUUUAAGAAAAAGAAUAGAACUGGCUGGCCUUCUAAGAAAAAUAAAAAGAAAUCCUCUAGAAAUAGCAGCAUAGAUGACAAAGUUGACAGAUUGGACUGUUCCUCAGCAGACCUCGAAACUCUUAGCGAAGCUGAUGAAGAUAAGUCUGAAAGUGAAGAAAAUGUAAAGGAAACUAAGAUAGACGAGCUUGAGUUACCAUGUCCUAUGGAUAUUGAUAAUACGUCUAAUGAUAACAGUGUAUUAGAAAAUGACAAAAGUAUACAUGAAAAUAAAGAUAGUCUGUCACCAAGUUCUGAAAAAAGAACAUCAUCAGACAGUGAGGAGAAAGUAGAAAUUAAGAGGAAAACGCGUGCAUUACAGGGCUUGUGUGAUUGGCUGCCUGUAGUAAGAGUGGCAAGGGUUGACCCAAAUGCAACUCGAAAACUUAGAUCUGCUGGUAGAGUCCGAUCUAGCAAGCUGAGAUAGCAUUAUCUGCAAACUAGAUUGGGCUAAACUCUAAAGACUAGGACAAUUGUGUUUUAGAUGUUUCAUCCCAUUUCAUUCUUGAAGUAGUGUGAUGCAAUUGACUGGUAAAACAAAAAAUAGAAUACAUUUGACACCUCAUCAAAAUUCAUUCAACAAGGCAACUGUUGGGUUGGGCAUUAUAUAUUUUUUGUAAUACAAAUUGGAAUUUCGUACUGUACAAUUGCUUAUUUUAUGCUGUACAUAUUAACAAUUUGUUAAAAAUGUAAAAUUACAAUUAAAAUAAAAACGUAAAAAAUUACUAGUACCAUUAACUCUAAAGAGAACUGAACAUUGUUUCAAAGUUACAGGGAAUCCUUUUUAUCUAUGUCUAUCAUUCAAAAGUAGAAUUCAAAUGGAAUCAUAUAAUAUAUAUAAUCAUAUAAUAAUAACAUGUGAAGGAAUAUUUCAUCAUUAUUGACAUUUUUUUAACUUUACAUACUUGUCUUUUGUAUCUAAGAUUUACAAUUUGAUAAUAAGAAAUGACAUUAGACAUUUCAUUACUGAAUUUUAUUCAAAUAUGAUAAAAUUCUGUAUUGAUUGAUUUAAAUUAAUUAAUGUAUUAAGCGGUUUACUUCACUAAAGCUUAACCUGACAGAUGUCAAAUGUAAUUUAUUAAAUUGCUAAACUACUACUAUAAUGCUGAAACUAUCUACUACAAAGUAUUACUUCAAAAUACAUUUCAUUACAUGUUAAAUAGUAAUUUUUAUAAAAGAAUUAUGAUUUACCAAUCAUUUGCCUCAUACUUUAACAAGUACAAAGUCUAAUUCACUAAAACAAUUAAUGAUUGUGUAGACUAUGAGUGUGAGCUACACAUUUUGAUCUCUGACAUAUCUGCUGUAACAACAUUUUAAAAUUCCCCAGGUUAUUUUUACUUCAUAAAAUUAUGGUAACAGAACAAAACAAUAUAGGAUUGCUAGUAAAAGCACUAACAAAUUUUUUUUGCGUCCCAUGUUAUGUAGAUAUGUCCAAUUCCUAUCAGACUUUUUGAGUAUUUGGCCAUUUUACAUCCUGAAGCAUUCCAUUAACAUCUAAAACUAAAAAUAUCCUAUAUCAUUUAUUUAAAUGGAUAAUUUAUUUUGUAUGUUUUAGUAUCAGAAUGUUUAUUUAGUUUGAAAGAUUCAGUAUUUAUGAAUGAGGCUGAUUGCAGUCAUGUAAAUAAUUUGUAUAGAUUGUACUUGUAUAGAUUUUGUUAUUUAGUUAUUGUAUGAAGAGUGGCGAAGCGAGCUUACUCUAUACAUAAAUGUUUUCAUAUGCUUAAAAGUUUCUUUUUUAAUGAAGUUGUUUACUGUCAGUUUAUGAGUAAAGUUGUAAAAUAAAAGAAAUAACUAAUACAAUAAUGUCAUUAUUUUACCAAUUGCGAAUCCUAAAGCCAGUUAAUUUCUUCUGUAAAAGCCAUUCUUAGUGAUUUUUGGUAAUGCACUAUGCAAUAUGCAUACAACAUUUACUCU